ACCCACCUUCACUUGCACUUUAAACCAAGGUGGUCUAAAACAUUCCCAUGACUAUCAACAAGAUAUUUGGCGCAGUUUUCUUUGUGUUGUUAGGUGUAGGCAUCUGUUCUGCUACUAGAGCUCUCCUCACUCUUGAUGAAGUAGCUCACCUCUCAGGUUUUGCUCAUGGUGGUGGCACCCUUGGUGUUGGCUUCCAUGGAGGAGGUGGGGGUUCAGGAGGUGGUGCUGGUAGUGGCUAUGCAAAUCUAGGAGAAGCGGGAGUUGCUGGAUAUGGAGGUGGAGGAGGAGGUGGCAGUGGAGGUGGUGGUGGUGGAGCUAGUGCAGCUGGAGCUUCUGGAUAUGGAAGUGGAGGUGGUGAAGGAGGUGGAGCUGGUGGUGGGUAUGGAGGAGCAGGUGGAUAUGGAGGUGGCGGCGGCAAAGGUGGUGGUGGAGGUGCUGCAGGUGGAUAUGGAGGAGGAGCUUCUGGAUAUGGCAGUGGAGGUGGUGAAGGAGGUGGAGCUGGUGGUGGGUAUGGAGGAGCAGGUGGACAUGGAGGUGGCGGUGGAAGUGGUGGUGGAGGAGCUAGUGCAGGUGGAUAUGGUGGUGGAGCUUCUGGAUAUGGCAGUGGAGGUGGCGAAGGAGGUGGAGCCGGAGCUGGUGGGUAUGGAGAAGCUGGUGCUGGUGGAGGUGGUGGUGGUAAAGGUGGUGGUGGAGGUAGUGCAGGUGGAUAUGGAGGUGGAGCUUCCGGAUAUGGGAGCGGGGGUGGAGAAGGAGCUGGUAGUGCAGGUGGGUAUGGAGGAGCCGGCGGACAUGGAGGAGGAGGCGGUGGUGGAAAUGGUGGUGGCGGAGCUAGUGCGGGUGGGGCUUCUGGAUAUGGAAAUGGAGGUGGCCAAGGAGGUGGAGCUGGUGCUGGCGGUUAUGGAGGAGCCGGUGGACAUGGAGGUGGUGGUGGCAGUGGUGGAGGAGGAGCAAGUGCAGGUGGAUAUGGUGGUGGAGCUUCUGGAUACGGAAGUGGAGGCGGUGAAGGUGGUGGAGGAGGAGCAAGUGCAGGUGGAUACGGAGGAGGAGGUGCACAUGCAGGAGGAUAUGGAAGUGGAGGUGGUGAAGUGGGUGGCUAUUACCCUUGAAAGUAUCUUCUCAGCAUUACGAUGUGCAAAGAGUAUGAAUGUUGUUAUUACUGGUAUUAAAAAACAAAAAA